AUGGCUCGCCACUCAUCAAAGCGUACUCUGGAAGAGAUCGCCAACAAAUCAGACUCAGACGACUAUGACUACAGCGACCAUGCCACGCGACCAUCGAGAUCAGCGCGCAAAUCUAAAAAGCGGUCGAAGCCUGUUAAGAAGCGGCGGCGGCGCGAUUCCGACGAUGACGAUAUCUCAGAGGAUGAUCUCCUAAGUGAGGAUGAUGAACUCUCUUAUGAGGAGUCGGAAGAAGAUGAUGGCAACGUCGAGAAGAACGCAAGAGGUCUCAGGCGUCGCAAAGCCGUGAAAAAUCGACCUGCGUACAAGGAGGAUUCCGAUGAUGAAGAUGAACUUGACGAAGACGAACAGGAUGAAGAUGAGGAGGAAGAAGUGGGAAAGAAGCCGCCCGCAAAAGUAAUAACACUCAAAUUAGGAAAGGCGGCAAGUAAACAAGCGACGCUCGAAACCAAUCAACGCACCAGACGCAGCACCCGACAUAAUCGUGAUCCUUCCGAGGACAUAUAUGCACUGACCAAUUCUGGACGGCAUGUCGAAACGAUCGAAGAGGGUAUCAUUGCUGCUGCUCAAGGACCUCUCACACGCCGUGCCUCGAAAACUGUCUCAGUACCAAUCCACGAAGAAGACGAAAACGAUUCGAGCAAUGUCAAGUCUGUCGAUGAAGCAAAAGCGUCUCAACUGGAAGUUCUCGAGAGUGAUCCUCAGAAUGAAUAUGAGGAUGGGCCUUCUAAUGAGCAGGACACUGCUGAGAAUGGCGACGUUGAAAUGGCCGACGAGGGUGUCAUCCCGGAAUCCGAUAAUGAGGCGCCAAAGGCGGAAGGCGAGGGCGAGGGCGAGGACGAGGACGACGAAGACGAAGGACCGGUUACACGGAGAAGGAACAGGCCAAGUCAAAAGUCUCCCGCCAACGAGCCCGAUUCACAAGCAGAUAGUGCUAGAGGCCGAUCCAGCCGGAAACGACCACCCCGCUCAUCCCAACGUAAACAAGACGAAAGUUCAGACUUUGAACCAAAUGAAGAAGAGUCUGAGGAUGACGAUAUACUCGAGUCACCGACUGCUUCACCACGCAAGGCGGACCAAACAGUACAAGACGAUGAUAGUAGCAACGGUAGACGACCUGGAUUGCGGGGCCGAAAGUCGCAAUCACGCGGACGAGAUUCGGAAGUGUAUGUCGACGAAGCGGAGGAGCUGGCUGAGGAACUUCAAGACUUGCAACCAUCACGCCGUCGCCGGAGGAACGUUGAAACCAUUACGUAUGAGGACAAACCUCGUCGUAGUAGGAAGGACGUUGAUUAUCGCCUCAUUCGCCCAGACCUGAUCCUACCUAUUGAAGAAGAGGAGGGCGAACUUGCAGUCAACGAAUCACCUUCUCGUCGUGGACGUGGUGCAGCUGGAUCGUGGCAGCGCACUCUCUUUUCAACCUCGGGACCCUUUGGUGGUGGUGGACCUGCCGCUAUUUUGGGUCCUCCUGGGGCCCCCGGAGCCACUGCGAAUGCAGAUAGCGACAGUAGUGAUGAUGAAGUCAUGCAAGUGCGAGGAGGCCUAGGAGCACCAGGAGCGCUAGCCCCAGGUCUCGGAGGCGUAGGAUUGCCACCUGCCCAAGCUCAUAAUGCCGAAGCCGCCGCUCCUGGUCUAUCGGGGACGCCAGCCAACUUUGGAAAAGUCAAGGAUAAACAAGCAUUGGCUGAUGCCGAUCCUCUGGGCAUUGAUCCAAAUGUAAAUUUCGACAGUGUUGGUGGCUUGCAAGGCCAUAUUGACCAGCUGAAAGAAAUGGUGGCCUUGCCGUUGCUCUAUCCUGAGAUCUUCCAGCGCUUUCAUAUCGUGCCGCCGCGAGGAGUUUUGUUUCAUGGACCUCCGGGAACUGGUAAGACAUUGAUGGCACGCGCUCUCGCAUCAAGUGUCAGUUCGGAAGGGCGAAAAGUUACAUUCUACAUGAGAAAGGGUGCCGAUGCUCUAAGCAAAUGGGUCGGUGAAGCCGAGCGCCAGUUACGGUUGCUCUUUGAGGAAGCUCGGAAAACGCAACCGAGUAUCAUCUUCUUUGAUGAGAUUGAUGGACUUGCCCCCGUACGAUCAAGUAAGCAAGAGCAGAUUCACGCAUCUAUCGUUUCUACUCUGCUAGCCUUGAUGGAUGGCAUGGAUGGUAGAGGUCAGGUUAUCGUUAUUGGAGCGACCAAUCGACCAGAUUCAAUCGAUCCAGCUUUACGUCGCCCUGGCCGUUUCGACCGUGAAUUCUACUUUCCCUUACCAAACAAGGAGGGCCGACGUGCCAUUUUGGAUAUUCACACCAAGAACUGGGAUCCCCCUUUGCCUGAGCCCAUAAAGGAUGAGUUGGCUGAGUUGACCAAGGGUUAUGGUGGUGCAGAUCUCCGUGCCCUUUGCACUGAAUCUGCAUUGAAUGCGGUGCAAAGACGGUAUCCUCAGAUCUACAAAUCUAGUCAAAAGCUACUGAUUGACCCCAAGACGAUCGAAGUCACACCCAAGGAUUUCAUGAUCUCCAUCAAAAAGAUUGUGCCGUCAUCCGAACGAUCCACAUCAUCAGGGGCUACACCAUUACCCAAAAGCGUGGAGCCGUUGUUGCGUGACCGUUUCGUUGAGAUCAAGCAUAUUCUCACCAAUAUAAUCCCUCAAUCGAAACGACUAACGGCCUUGGAGGAAGCCGAGUUCGAGGAACCUCACGGUGGAGCUAGUUUCAAGAGGGAGCAAAUGCACCAGGAAUUCGAAACUUCUCGCAUCUUUCGACCUCGACUUCUCAUUCGAGGUGCACAGGGGAUGGGUCAGCAAUAUCUCGCCGGGGCUAUUCUUCAUCAUUUCGAGGGUCUUCAUGUUCAGUCUUUUGACCUUCCGACUCUCCUUAGUGACUCUACGAGAUCACCAGAAGCCACAGUUGUUCAACUUUUUGCCGAAGUCAAGCGUCACAAACCAAGCGUCAUCUACAUUCCGAAUGUGCAGACAUGGUAUGAUACUGUAGGGCCGUUAGUGGUGUCUACUUUCAAUGGCCUUCUCCGUUCUAUACCUCCCACAGAUCCAGUUCUGCUUCUAGGAGUACUUGAAGAUGGUGAAGAUUCUCAAGAUCCAGCAAUGUUGAAGUCCCUCUUUGGAUAUUCACAGAAAAACAUUUAUGCUCUCCGACCACCAGAUCAACAUGCCCGACACGAGUAUUUUGGCAGAAUAAUGGAUUAUUUGAAGACAUCACCUCAUGAUUUUCCUGAUCCAGAGAAUCGGAAGAAGAGGAGGUUAGAAUUGCUCGAAGUCGCUCCUCCGCCAGCACCAAAGCCGGCACCGCCAUUAAGCAAGGAGCAAUUGAAAGCACAGAAGAGAAAAGAUCGGCAGACCUUGAACCUUUUAAAAAUCAGAAUUCAGCCUAUCAUGGAUCAGAUCAAGAAGUACAAACGGUUUAGGACUGGUGUUAUUGACGAUUCUCAGAUCCGUUACUUGUUCGAGGAGGAUGAUCCUUCUAUACUCACUAGCGACCUACCAGUAGAACAGCAAACAGUUUUCCGACCUUUUGAAAAAGCUCAAGACAAGUACGGAGUUCCCGGUUUGAGGGAGACUGCAACCGGUAGAUUCUUCUACAACUUGGAGAUUGUGACUAUCGAGAAGCGAUUAUCUAAUGGUUAUUAUAAGAGGCCAAAGGAUUUUCUGGCUGAUAUUAAGAGAAUUGCCAAGGAUGCUCGCACGUUAGGGGAUCAGGAGCGUCUUCUACGUGCUAACGAGCUGUUGACAAACGUGGAAGUCGAUAUUGGUGGUAUUGAACAAACUGAUCCUGCUUUGGUAGCAGAGUGUGAGGCUGUAUACAAUCGGGAGAUGGAGCGAGAGAAUGAAGCCAUGGAACGUGCUAAAAAGACAAAUACUUUCGGCGAAAUGGGUCCUCCGCCAAAUAGCAAUGUACCGCACGGAAACACCUCAAGUUUAUCUUCGGGACCUAUUGUUUUGGGUCAGCCGUUUGUCAAUGGAGCCAGGCCGACGACUCCUUCCCGGUUGUCGAAUGUCGUUUCUGCGAGCAAUGGACAUCAUGGUAGCGGCUCGGAUCUCAACCCAGGUGAUACUUCGAAGAGCGACCAGUCCAACUUGUUCCGUGGUGAAGAUGGAGACACUCUCAUGACGAACUCAGACGAGCUCGACUUCUCUGGUCGACACACGGCAAACAGUUCCUUUGGCCAGUCAGCUCAGCUAAAACAUCCACUCUCCAACACCGCACCUUCGCUUCAAAUCAGGAGAGAAUCAGGCCUCUCGAGUCUAUCGCAAAAGGCACCUAUGACACCAAUGGCCCCUGGAUCUCAACCGGGUGAUUAUAGUAACGAUGCUUCGACGACACAAACGACGUCUGACAAGAAGACGUCGGAUCAGUCGACUGGCCCACAGUUGCAUACACAGAGCCCUGUUACUGGAAGCGCACCACGUGUGGAAUUCCCUGACUUGACUUCUUAUCCUGAUCGUAUUUCUCAGGAGGAUCAUCUUCCUGACACCCAACAAGAUUUCCCAUUCUCUCAGGCUAGCCAUGUGAACGGAAGCCAGUCACAGCCACGUCUGCAUCGACCAGGAUCAGCACCAGGCGCUCCCCAACCACACACUGCACCCCCAUCAAAUAUCAAAUCUCUCUUGAACAACGAAGGACAAUCACCACACCUCAUAAUUGACCACGAGUACAUCGAAAAGCUCCGCACAGAGUUGACUCUACGAACUAGUGGCUGCACAGUCGAACAACUCGAACAAAUCAACACCCACCUGAUGGACUGUCUCUGGAAAAAGCGCGGAGAAUGGGACAGAACCAAAGUUGCCGCGGCGCUACAGGAAGAAUUCAACGAUGUGUUUCAGGAUAUGCAAGAAAACCAGGAAUUCAUGUCCAUGAGUCAACUUACAAAGGAGCAGUUGGCCUCGAGGGGAGGAGUGGUGGCACCUCAAAACCUGUGAUGUAUUCUUUUUUUUUCUCUUCCCUCUUUCCUGUUCCCUUUUUCGAUUCCAUUCUUGUUUUAUGCGAUUUUUCUGGAGGAACGUUCUUCUGUUCCGAUGUACAUUUGGUUUUGUUAUUGUCUAUUUGGGAGGGAACUGGAUGCAUAUUUUGUUCUGAUUCGUGCACUGUGAUACUCGCAUGUGGUGUUUGAAGCAUUGCUUAGAUAUAUUGUAAUAUGAUUAUAAAUUUAUGAUCUAUCUCAGCCCUCGCAAGUAGUUGAGUUGUUC